AUGGGGUUUCCCGGAUUCUUAGAACUUUCAGACGGCUGGUCUGAGUUCGCGGGUUUUUCGAGUCCACCCACUUGUUUACCCCUUUUAGCAGGCUUCCACCCAUUGGCUGGGCACUCGGGGGACCAAGGGGACCACGUCGUGCCGGGAAUAGAGAACGUUUAUCUUACUUUCCCGUCGGAGUCAGCAGGAGACCCACAGCAUGCCAAAGAUAUAGACCUGACCAGCCAACUGGAGAGAUCCGCACAUUGGCCAGAUGGCAACAUUGAUGCAGGUAAAACAACGACAACAGAAAGAAUGCUGUAUUAUAGUGGUCUGACACGCACCGUUGGGGAGGUGCAUGAUGGAGACACAGUCAUGGACUAUAUGGAGCAAGAGAGGGCUAGAGGGAUAACAAUAAAUUCAGCUGCAAUUACAUUUCCUUGGAAGAAACACAGACUGAAUUUAGUAGACACUCCAGGACACAUUGAUUUCACGAUGGAGGUUGAAAGGUCGCUGAGUGUGCUGGACGGAGCUGUUGCGAUUUUUGAUGCCUCAGCAGGAGUCGAGGCUCAGUCUUUAACUGUGUGGCGCCAGGCUGACCGCUACCAAAUCCCUCGCCUCUGUUACCUCAACAAAAUGGACAAGCCUGCAGCCGACCUAGCCAUGUGCUUGACCUCAAUUAAGAAUAAGCUUCACACAACACCACUAGUGCUACAGCAGCCAGUUGGACAAGGGAAAGGUUUCACUGGUGUUAUUGAUCUGAUUCACAUGAGGAGGAUGGUGUGGAACCAAAAUAAAAGAGGUGACUAUGGCAAAAGUUAUCAAAUAACCAAUUUAUCGCAAGAAAACGAGAAAGAUCUCUGGGAGCAAGCAUUCCUCGCAAGGUGUGAACUGACAGACACACUGGCUGACCUGGACAACACCCUUGCAGAAUAUGUGUUAGAAAAGGAAUCAAUUGAAAAUAUUCCUCCUUUAUUAUUAGAAGAAGCUGUUAGAAGAGCAACACUCAGUCAGGAAGCUGUUCCUUUGCUAAUGGGCAGUUCAUACAAAAAUACAGGUGUGCAGCCCUUAAUGGAUGCUGUCAUCAGAUACUUACCUUCCCCCAGUGAGCGUACAAAUGACACAGUGAGUCUGUAUGCCCCUCAUUUGUGUGCUAUGGCUUUCAAGAUCAUACAUGACAACCAGCGUGGAGGAGUUUUGACAUUUAUCCGUAUAUAUUCUGGCCAACUAGAACAGGGACAGAGACUUUACAACAUCAACCAAGAACAAGGAGAGAAAGUAGGACGUAUCAUGAUUGCCUAUGCGGAUGAUCUGAAAGAAGUGUCAUCAGUGCAAGCAGGAAAUAUUGUUGUGGUCACUGGUUUGAAGUUAACAGGCACUGGUGACACACUUGUUGGAAGUCAAAGCAUAGCAAAUAGUGUGAUGAAGAAAAUGAAUAAGGAAACAGGAGAAAAACAAACACCCAUCUUGUUAGGGGCCCAAGUUCCAGAGCCUGUGUUCUUUUGCUCGGUAGAGGCUCCAUCCAUGUCCCAGCAGAAGGCUUUAGAAGAGGCUCUGGUCCGGCUGCAGAGGGAAGACCCGAGCCUUCGCGUAACUGUGGACCAAGAUACUGGGCAAACAGUCCUCUCAGGCAUGGGUGAGCUGCACUUGGAUAUAAUCCGUGAUAGAAUAUGCAAGGAAUACAAAGUGGAAGCAGAGCUGGGACCUUUACAGGUGGCCUACAAGGAGACGUCUCAGACUGCUUGCACUCAUACUCUUGAUAUAAACAAGACCAUAGGAGACCGCAAGCAGCAGAUUAAGAUAACUCUCUCCAUUGAGCCAAAACGUAAUGAGAAGUUCAAGUCUGUUAAUCUAGCCAUUUCCAAAGAUACUCAAGAGAAUCUUUGUGCAGUUCGCCAUUACCAUCUGGCAGCUAUAAACCAAGGCAUUAGUGCGGGUUUGAGAAGCGGUCCUAUUGUAGGCUUCCCUGUGGUUGAUGUGAAGGUUUGGCUACACUGGCUGGAGAUUGGACGGGGAACCUCAGAGACCAUGGUGUCAGCGGCUGCAGCUCAGUGCUUACAUCAGUUACUACAGAAGAGCAAUUCUCAGCUUUUGGAACCUUUUAUGCAACUGGAAAUCAUAACAGAAGAGGAAGCCACAUCAUCUGUGCUGGCUGACAUUUCACGCAGGAGAGGCAACGUCCUUCAAGUUGCACAGCGUCAAGAUAUGAAAGUCAUCCAAGUAGAGUGUCCGCUGGCUGAACUAGUGGGGUACUCCACAACUCUACGAACAAUAACCUCAGGCACUGGGUUUUUCUCCAUGGAACUCUCAGAUUACCGACCUAUGAGUCCGUAUGAUCAGGCGGCAGCUAUUGAAUCCAUUACUGGGUUUGCGCCUUCCUAACUGCCAAAUUUUACAGAGGGAAAUAAUUUAUUAUAUGUACAUAAUUGUUGCGAAUUGUUGAUAGCAUCUUUAAAAUGUAUAUAUGUUAUUAACACUGUGUGUACUGUACUUAUGUGUAUUAUUUAGAAAAUAAAGUGAAUUUAAUAUG